CUUAAUAACAUGUUAUUUCGUGGCAAAAUAUAUUCAUGUGCAAUUUACCCGGCACUUAGUUUCAUAUCAAGAAGGUCACCUCGACACUGAGGUCUGCAACGGUUCGAGAAUUCCAUAUUGACACAAACUCGUCAGCCGAUUUUGCGCAGGAGGAAAAUCCAUAGUGUCAUGGGAAAGGCAAAGAGCAUAUUCUCCCAUCCACAAACAGACGCAGCGAUACCUUCUUAUACAAUACGAGUAAAGACGGGUGACAGGAAAGACGCCGGGACAGACGCCAACGUUAAAAUCCGUCUUUAUGAUGAAAACGGGCAACAAACUAAAGAUAUUAACCUCGAUGUCAGCUUUCGGGAUGACUUUGAGGAAGGGAACUUGGAUGAGUUUCACGUCGAGGACGAGGCUCCUCUGCGUACGAAGAUUGACAAGAUCGCGUUGUCACGCGACAAUGCGGGAGACUGGCUGAAGAGCGCGGACUGGUAUGUUGAGUACGUUGAGGUGGAAGUUGAUAAAACGAAGAAGGCUUUUAUCUUCCCGUUCCAUCGCUGGAUUCAUAGUGAUCGUCAGUAUCUUGUUCAGCAGUACGAUGUCGUUCUGCCUCAAAAUGACCCGCACAAAGAACAGAGGAACUUCGAGUUGGCAAACAAAAAGGAGCUCUAUGAGUAUGACGAGAAGGUUCAGGGAAUCCCAGUCCAGGUCAAGACAGUUCCACCAGAUGAGACGUUCUCUCAUGAUUAUAAGUGGGAUAUUAUCUGUAAUAAAGUAAAAAUGACUUUAGGCGUAGCAUACAAAAAGUUUGUUACGGCAUUGCAACCUUUUGAGACUCUGGACGACCUGGAUGAUUUGUUCAAGCAAGAAGGCUGGCCAUGGGGCAUCCAAGUUCCCAAGUGUGUAGAACACUGGAAGGAAGACAAAUGGUUCGGAGCCCAGCGUCUCGCCGGCUGUAAUCCUGUCUUGAUCAAGCUCUGCAAGGAUAUUCCAAACAAUUUUGGUGUGACACCCGAUAUGGUGGCGCCUUUUCUUGAGGGACUGACCUUGACACAAGCAAUGGAGAAAAGGAGGAUUUACAUAGUGGAUCUCAAGAUCUUAGACAACAUGACGUGCAAAGAGCACUAUGAACUUUGUUCUCCAUUAGCACUGUUCUUUGUAGCAGACGACAAAUCCUUGCUACCAAUUGCAAUCCAGCUGAACCAAGUCAAAGGACCUGAUAACCCAGUGUUCUUGCCAAGCGAUGACGAAUAUCUCUGGUUGAUGGCCAAGAUGUGGUUCAAUCUUGGUGAUGCCACGUAUCACCAGUCUCUCACUCAUUUGGGUUUCACCCAUCUGAAGAUGGAGAGUGUUAGUGUUUGCACUCACCGGAACCUGUCGCCUUCCCAUCCCGUAUUCAAGCUGCUAGCUCCUCACUUCCUUUUCUUGAUCGCCAUAGAUGCACGAGGUCUAGCUUUGCUCGUUGCCCCUGGUGGCCAUGUUGAUCAUACGAUGUCAUGUGGAUGCCCUGGAAUGUUCGAGUUAAUUAGAAAAGGGGCAUCAUUGUGGAGGAUGGAUACCGAUGCUGACCUUGUCAACGAUUUGAAGAUUCGUGGGGUGGAUGACCCAGAAGCACUACCAAACUAUCACUACAGAGAUGACGCCUUGCCUGUUUGGAACGCCAUUAACAAAUACGCCAGGAAGAUUGUGAAUUUGUUUUAUGAGAGUGACAAGAUGGUGCAGAAUGACCCAGAGCUACGACAGUGGGCUCAAGAGAUGGUUGCCCCUUACCCGGACGGUAUCGGGCUCAAAGGUGUCCCUGGAGAUGGCAAGUUUGAGACUCGAGACCAGCUGAUCCGAGUCAUAACCAGCAUCAUCUUCACAUGCAGCGCUUCACAUGCUGCAGUAAACUUCUCCCAGUACGACGAGUAUUCAUUUCUGCCAAACUACCCCGGCUCUCUUAUCGGGACGCCACCAACGGAUAAGGAGCCAAGGACUGAAGCAGAUAUCAUGAAAUGUGUACCAAGCAAAGAAGUUCUCCUGGACACUAUCCUCGUUGUAAAGAUAUUGAGCACAAGGGGAACGAAGAAUCUUGGGGACUUCGAAGUCAAAUACCUACACACACCAGAGGCAUCCAAAGCAGCACAGGAGAUGGUGGAUGAACUCGCCAAGAUAAGCGUGACAAACAAAGAGAAAAACAAGACCAGAGACUUCAUCUACGAUGUCCUGGACCCGGAGAUCAUUCCCAACUCCAUCAGCAUCUAAAUACCAUUGCGAAUAAAUCAUUUAGACCUAUUUAUACUGGUGACGCUUGUUUUGUAAAUAUCCAAGAGAUAUCAGUAGGGUUUGUCAAGGACCAGCGAUUGAGAAUUACAUGCGAGGAUACGAUGUGCAGUGACGUCAUUAGGAACAGACAUGCACGUUUACGAACAUUUUUCUUUUUCUGUUCUGUUCUUUUCUGUUCUUUUUCACUCUGAACUAUUGGGAAAGUUCUAACGACACUACCAAAAAUGGUGGUGACGUCUGAACGGCAGUUGUCGGUGAAAAUAUUAUGGAUAGCUAGAGUCAUGAGGUUGACCUUUCUCAUAUCCAAGAAGGCCCAUUCUCCUUGUUAUUGCGUCCUUAUUCGAUAGUUUUGUCCUUGAUACUUUUUAGCAUUUUCGAUUAUGUUUCUUUCCAUAAACAAAUAGAUUGGGCCGCGAUAAUUUAACAUAAAUGCGAACCAUAGACAUAAAAAAUCAACGGAAUAUAGAUAUUGUCGUCUGAUUUCCGACGCCUCCCUUUUUAUCGUUUACUGUAUCACAUGAGCAUGAUGCUGAAGCCAGAUUUUUUCAUGCACUACUCCACUCUCUUGGAAGUGCUGUAAGAACCUCUCUCUUUCUGGGGUGUUGAAUGGUAUAGGCCACCUCAAUUUAUCCUAGGGUUUUAUGGGACAGGAGACACAGUAUCCCUAUUUCUAGUAUAGGGUACUCACACGUGCUAUUGGGAUAUAUUGGGGCAUCCCGGCUUUCAGAGUUAAAUGGCGGACAUAUUGCAAACUACUUGAUACGAUGAAAUAUCAAUAUGUAUCCCUCUCGGCAAGGGUACACAUUUGACGUCAACCACCGCGCUUCAUUAGUAAGGGCACAGUAUAAACGGUCAAUAAAGGCAUAACCUUGUACAAAAAUCCAUAUACCGUUUUAACAAUCCAUUUAGACCCUUUUAUAAUCUUUAGUAUAAUAAAAGACGAAGGUAGUUAGUGGCGUAGUUUGUUUGACUAUGUGAGUAGAAUGUUGAAAGUAUGACUUAUAGCAAUUUGCGAGGUUAUUUGUGUGUAAUGAUACUCAAUAUUAGGUCGUCCCGGUUAAAGUAACAUUUAUCCAGACUUUAUGCCCCUUGCUUUCGAAAUCGUCAUCUGGUCAUUUGAGAAUUUGAUCGCGAGCUAAAGAAUUUAGAUACAAACUCAACAUUGGAUAAGUGUUUGACCAAAUAUUGAUUGGGCUAAUGCUACGAAUUCCUCAUUCUGUUUUGAGUUAUUGGAUUAGACAGCAUCCAGUCAUCAUUGUAGUUCCUUGGAGGUUUUCAGCACGAGGAUGUCCAACCAAGUAAAACGGAACGUAUAAGGUAAGAGACGCUAUCCUGACAGAUCAACAAGUUGUUUUCAAUAUACUCCGCCUGAUGACUAAGAGG